AUGAACUACCACCGUGGUCGAGCACUUGGAGGCAGCAGUGCUACCAAUGGCUUAUUCUACGGUCUUGGAAGUUCUUCCGUCUAUGAUCAGUGGGAGACUGACGGCAAUCCGGGAUGGAACUGGACGACCGUUUCCGCUGCCGCCAAGAAAGGCACCGUCUUCGUCGGCAAUCCUGCAAACACCAACGACCCUACGUACAUGACCUGGGAUCCGGCCAACUAUGGCACCGAAGGACCACUCAAAAUUGGCUUCCAGGGCUACGUCGUCAGAUCGAAUCCCUCUUUCAUGAAUGCGACAAGCGCCAUUGGCAUUCCUGUUGUGAAAGAUCAGAACGGCGGCAAUCCAAUAGGCAUCAAGCAAGGCACGAUGACGCUAGAUGAGAACUUCGAGCGCAGUUCUUCUUACGACUCCUAUUACAAAGCGGCAAAGGGGCGAACCAACCUCAAUGUUCGAGACCGAGCCGUCGUGGCCCGAAUCAUCUUCGACGAUAAAACACUUGGAACGGACGAAGUCCAUGCUGUCGGUGUGACUUUCAUUGAGGAUGGUAUCUUCCACAACAUUUCCCUGCUCGAAGGAAGUCAUCCUCUCCGCGGGUAUGGCAUUCCGGUUGUGGUCGCCAAUGAUAACGUUGGCAAUCACAUGCAAGAUCACACCGCUUUCAGUGUCAUCUAUUCUGUGAAGCCAGAGUUUGCCGAUGUAGCCAGUACGACUGACAUGGUCAACGACCUCACUUUCCUCGCCGAAGAGCAACGCAUCUUCUACAAUAGCUCUGACCCUCACGAGAAAGCCAAGAGUAAGUGGUCAGCCCCCCCUGGUUGCACCAACGCUUUCCAAGAAAUCUCGGACGAAGAGCUUGAGACGUUCGGUGCUGGGGACAUCGUCAAAGCCGGCCUUGUGCACCAAGCCCACAAUGAGAUCCUUUAUGAGACCAUGGCAGUGCAAGAUGUGAAGUACUUGCGCAAGAUCGCAGGGCACCCUGCCUGGGCGCAGUGGGUCGACAAGGAAGUCUCGCCCGGACCAAAUGUUCAGAGCGACGAAGACAUCUUGGAGUACGCCAGGACUUCAAUGAUCCCCAACUGGCAUGCAUCCAGCACAGUCCGCAUGCUUCCCAAGGACAAAGGCGGCGUCGUCGAUUACCGCCUUCGAGUAUACGGAACGAAGGGCCUUCGAGUCUGCGACGUCUCAACCUUUGGCCGCCUGCCGGACGUCAAUCUUGUGGGCCCGGUCUAUGCAGUAGCUGAACGUGGUGCGGAGAUCAUUCGAGAAGAGUAUGGUGAUCUUUGA